AUUGUCAAAAGUCAUGUAAAAUUUCCAUUUUCCUCCCGUAGCUACCCUACUUUGCUGAUGGUGUUUAUUAAUUCCGUUUUAUUGCCAAAUAAUUGAAUCUAAUUGUUUAUAUUUGGGUUCAAUUCAAUCCCAUCCUAUUGGACUGUGUUUUGUGAUAGUCGAUGAGCGUGUGGUUCGCAUGAUAAGCGAAAUAUUCUACGACGGAUUUUGCUCCAGUUCCAGCAGCGUUGCGUCAAUACACGUAAACACAGCAGCAUCAUCUUCGGUCAGCAGUGCCUAGUGGGGGCGUAGUCUCGGAUCUGGACAGAGCCGGUUCGGAUAGCGGUUAUGGAUCAUCACCACAAUUCGGACUUUCGUCGAAGUUCGAACUCGCUGGAUUCCGAUUCGAAGUCAAGUUCGUUGAACUCCAAACACGGAAUGGAUACGAUUGUUGCGAAUGAAUCUUCGUUUACGUAUCUCUCCGGGGAGAACAUGCAGGACAUAAAAAACGACGUGUCGUACAUUUGCCCGUACAGUGGACCGGUAGUUGGAACUCUGAACAUUACCAACUACAGACUGCACUUCCGGUCGCAACCAUCAACCGAUAAGGAUCCGGUAGUAAUAGUUGAUUGUCCUUUAGGAGCCGUGAGUCGAAUCGAAAAAGUCGGAGGAGCCAGCUCCAGGGGAGAAAAUUCCUACGGAAUCGACAUUUUCUGCAAGGAUAUGCGGAAUCUGCGCUUCGCUCAUAAACAGGAGAACCAUUCCCGUCGAACUGUAUUUGAAAAGCUACAGCUUUACGCCUUCCCAUUGGCUAAUAAUCAGCAGCUGUUUGCAUUUAAUUAUAAGGAAAGAUUUCCGGAGGACGGCUGGACCGUGUACGAGCCAGUCGCCGAGCUUCGCCGGAUGGGUGUUAACAGUGCCAACAAUGACACCUGGAGGAUUACGAGAAUCAACGACAAGUACGAGAUUUGUGACAGUUACCCUUCCGUGUGGGCUGUUCCCAAGACGGCAAAAGACGAUCUGGUUCGGCAGGUAGCCAAUUUCCGUUCCCGCAACCGUCUGCCCGUACUCUGCUGGAUACAUCCUAAGUCGUUGGCUACGAUCACUCGCUGCUCGCAACCACUGGUCGGGGUUAGCGGAAAACGGAACGAUGCCGACGAGACCUACAUCAACUACAUCAUGGAGGCAAAUGCUCAAUCGGAUAAGCUGUCGAUCUUCGAUGCACGGCCGAAUGCAAAUGCCAUUGCGAACAAAGCUAAGGGGGGUGGGUACGAGUCGGAAGAUGCGUACAAAAAUGUCGAGCUUACCUUCCUGGAUAUCCACAACAUUCACGUGAUGCGGGAGAGCCUGAGGAAACUGAAGGAAAUUUGCUUUCCUGCCAGUGACGACCAGAAGUGGCUUUCGGCGGUUGAAAGUACCCUCUGGUUGAAGCACAUCAAGUGUAUUCUGGCUGGGGCUGUUCGGAUUGUCGAUAGGAUCGAAAAUAUGCGCAUGUCGGUCGUGGUUCACUGUUCGGAUGGGUGGGAUCGCACAUCACAGUUGACGGCCUUAGCCAUGCUGUUGCUGGAUCCCUACUAUCGCACUCUGAAAGGCUUUGAAGUGCUAAUCGAGAAGGAAUGGCUCAGUUUUGGACACAAAUUCGAACAGCGCAUCGGUCACGGAGACAAUCACCACUCGGACGCGGAUCGUUCGCCCGUAUUCCUGCAGUUUAUUGACUGUGUGUGGCAAAUCACGAAGCAGUUUCCGCACGCUCUUGAGUUCAAUGAAUAUUUUCUGAUCACCAUUCUCGAUCAUCUCUACUCGUGUCGCUUCGGGACGUUCCUCUACAAUACGGAACGGGAGCGCGUUCAUAAUGAUCUGAAAAAUCGCACCGUCUCGUUGUGGUCGUUUAUAAAUUCAUCCCACGAACAGUAUCGUAAUCCGCUGUACGGCGGUCGCAAUAUGGCCAUCCAAACCGUGCUGAAACCGGUAGUUAGCAUGCGACACAUCCGCCUGUGGAAGGGCCUGUACUGCCGGUGGAAUCCGAGCAUGCGACAACAGGAUCCGAUCUAUCAGCGCACCCGGGAACUGCUGGCCUUGCAGGAACAGCUGCUGAAACAGGUGGAGGAAUGUCGACUGGAGAAGAACUCGCGGCCGCAUCAGUCCACGCGGUUGACUUCUCCGCUGCAUUAGGGAAAGGUGAGGAUGGCAGUUUUCUUCAUCGGAUUGAAUGAGUGGCUUCGAAUUGGACUGCAUGUGGUAGGUAUGGGUAUGUAUGGAUCCGGUCAUUUCCGAAAUAAGUAGUUUCCGAGAAAUAUUAUAUUAAAUUAAGCGUUGCUCCCAGUUCCAAUUGGGUUUUGAUCGGCAAUCAGGAGCGAAAUGACGAUGAGCAUUCCCAUAGCGCUUGAAGUCAUACCUACAAACCAGUGUAUCCAAAGUCUUAAGCGUUCCCGAAAGUGGAAAAGUUCAAGCAGCACCAGCACCAGUAUUGUGUGCAUUAUUAUAAUUAACUCACUGAGUAUAUCGAGAGUGUGCGUAUGUAUGCGUGGUCGGGGAAAUGGAUGCUCGCCGAGAAUGUAUGAACGCUAAAGCUGAUCAUUAGAUUUGAAUUAGCGAUAGGGAAGAAGUUUGCUCCAGUCUCCAGACACAAAGUAUCCUUAUAUAACUAGCUCUAGUGUAGACGAGAGUCUAAUAAUAAUAGUUCUCACAAACCAUCACUGCGGGCGCUGUUUGCACUGAGGAAACGCCACGCGUCUAUUGGUGAAUUCGCAGCGCCAUACGGCAGCAGCGAAAAGUUUGUAGUAGUUAUUAAAACAAUGUUAUUACGUCUAUUAUAACCCAUAACCCAUUCUGUAACCUUACUAUGUAACAACACUAGUAUGCAUAACUGACGGUAAUGAUUCUGCGAAGACGAAGAGAGACGAAGCACGCGUAAUGUGUUUUAGUUGGUAAGAAUCUGAAAGUAUAUGCUCUGCUCCAAUGUAUCCAUUACCGACCUUUUUGGUUUUUUUUUGCAAGUCUGUUUAAUAAAGACUACUCUAUUUUAAAGAAAA